AAAAGAGCAACCAAACAAAAAAAAGAAGACUUUAUCUCUUUUGUUUGUUGCUCUUUUGACUUUUUGUUUUAGAUUUAUUAGUCUCCUACGGAUCUGCUUAUAUCCCCUUGUGAUCUUCGGAGGGUUCGAGUUCUUGAACCAAACCCAUAUUCUGUUCAUUCUUGAGUGGAGUCUCUCAUCUCAGUCUCAAAGCUCUCUUUGUCAGUUUUGAGCAUUUAGAGUUGAGCUUCAACAAAGAAAGAGAAAAAUGUCGUUUAGGAGCAUUUUUCAAGAUUUGAGAGAUGGGCUUGGGAGCUUGUCUAGGAGGAGUUUCGAUUUCAGGCUUCACCACAAAGGGAAAUCACAGGGCUCUUCGUUCCGUGAGUAUUCGUCUUCACCUUUGAUAGUUCAGACAAGCAGAUGGGCUAAUCUUCCUCCAGAGCUGCUCUUAGAUGUGAUCAGAAGACUAGAGGAAAAUGAGAGUAACUGGCCUGAAAGAAAACAUGUCGUGGCUUGUGCUUCUGUUUGUCGGUCUUGGAGAGCUAUGUGCCAAGAGAUCGUCGUGUCUCCUGAAAUCUGUGGGAAGCUUACUUUUCCCGUUUCACUUAAACAGCCAGGGCCUCGUGAUGCGAUGAUUCAGUGUUUCAUCAAAAGGGAUAAAUCAAAGCUAACAUUUCAUCUCUUUCUUUGUUUAAGUCCUGCUCCUCUGGUUGUGGAGAAUGGGAAGUUUCUUCUUUCAGCUAAACGAACUCGUAGAACUACUAAGACCGAGUACAUUAUCUCCAUGGAUGCUGAUAACAUCUCGAGAUCUAGUAACUCAUACCUCGGAAAGCUCAGAUCAAACUUUCUUGGAACAAAGUUCGUAGUGUACGACACACAACCACCACAAAACACACCAUCUUCUUCAAGUGCACUCAUCACUGACCAAACAAGCCGAAGCAUGUUCCACUCAAAAAGAGUUUCGCCUAAACUCCCAUCAGGAAGCUACAACAUAGCUCAAAUCACAUACGAGCUCAACGUGUUAGGCACACGGGGGCCACGGAGAAUGCACUGCAUCAUGAACUCCAUCCCAACUUCAUCCCUCGAACCAGGCGGCUCUGUUCCAAACCAACCUGAUAAACUCCUCCCGGGCCCUCUCGACGAGUCUUUCCGCAGUAACAUCUCAUUCUCCAAGUCAUCACUUGACUACCGUUCCGUAGACUUCAGCAGCUCCAGAUUCUCAGAGAUGGGAGUAGUUUCAUGUGACGAGGAGGAACAAGGAGAGACGAGUUUCAGACCAUUAGUGUUGAAGAACAAGCAGCCUAGGUGGCAUGAGCAGUUGCAGUGCUGGUGUUUGAACUUCCGUGGACGUGUAACAGUCGCUUCAGUUAAGAAUUUUCAGCUUGUGGCCGCGAGACAGCCGCCGACGCAAGCAGCAGCGGCUGCACCGUCUCAUCCAGAGCAAGACAAGGUGAUUCUACAGUUUGGUAAAGUGGGGAAAGAUAUGUUCACGAUGGAUUAUAGGUAUCCAUUGUCAGCGUUUCAAGCGUUUGCGAUUUGCUUAAGCAGCUUUGACACCAAGCUCGCUUGUGAAUAAAGGAAGAAACAAUCAUCAUAAUGUUCAUGCUAAUCUUUAUGUCUCUCUCUCUCUUCGUCUAUGCUUUGGCAAAAGAUCAAUUUCUUAAUACUCAGUUGUUACUGUGGUCGAGUGAGACAUCAGUUUAACACUUAACAGGCAAUAUUCACUAACGUAAUAACUGAUAUAUCAGAAUAUAUUUGUGAUGACACUCUUCUUUCUAUGUAAUAAUAGUAGCUAAGAUUUCGUGAGAGCUAAAUUCGAAGAGACCAUUUAUUACAA